AUGGCCCAGCCUUUGCCCACCGACGACAUUGCUCGUAUAUCUGACGCGUCGUCCAUGGACUCGGAGGAAAUCGCCAAUGUCCUAGUCAAGCGCUUUGAGCGUCGCCCGCAGGGUUACUCUUACACCAACAUUGGAACCCGCGUGUUAGUCGCCCUCAACCCCUUUGAGGCCCAGGACUCCAGCUCCGACGAUUCGGCCUUGCGUUAUCUUGUCCCGCAUGUAUUCAGAACCGCGGAGCAGGCGUACCUUCAUAUGCGCCAAACUGGACUCAACCAGAGCUUAGCCUUCAUCGGCGAGUCGGGCAGCGGAAAAACCGAGCAGCGCCGUCUGGCAUUCCGGUUCUUCUCACUCUUGCGCACGCACUCAAAGAAGGACGUCAAGCUCUUUGUCAAGCUGCAGCAGGCUGACACUGUUCUCGAGGCAUUCACCAACGCAAAGACCACGUCCCAUGGCAACGCAUCCCGCGUCGGCACUUACACAGAGCUACAAUUCGACCAGCGCGGCCGAGCAGUCGGCGUCAAAACACUGACGUAUUUGCUAGAAAAGGCCCGCGUCACUGACACGCCGCCUGAUGAGCGCAACUUCCACAUUAUGUACUACCUGGCAAACGGCACGACCAGCGAGAACCGCCUGCAUUUCGGCAUGCCCGCCGACGUGAUAUCCUUCGAGUAUCUGGGCCAUCCGGGACCUGCCCAGCGCAUAUCAAACACCAGCGAUGUCGAGCAGUUUGCUGAUCUGUGCAUGGCCAUGAAGCACGUCGGCUUGCACAAGCGCUAUCAGCGUCAUAUUUUCUCCGUUCUUGGCGCCAUUUUGUGCCUUGGAAACCUGCUUUUUGCGUUCGAGAGCCAGGACGGCUUCGACUCGGCGGUUGUCAGGAACACCGACUUGCUGCACCAAGUGAGCAAGGUUCUAGGCGUGGACCCUAUAAUGCUCGAGACAGUGCUAACCACCAAGACCCAGGUUGUUGGCAACGAAUCCUGCACCGUAUACCUGGACGCCAAGGGCGCAUCGGUGCGCCGCAACGAGCUUGGCCGUGGCAUGUACUCGCUGCUGUUUAACUGGGUUGUCGAGUUUAUCAACGGCCGAUUCUGUCGUGAAGACAACGAGCGCGAGACAUUUAUUGGAAUGUUAGAUUUCCCUGGAUGGCAAUCACAGCGCCGCAACGGGUACGAGCAGCUGUGCACCAACUACGCCAACGAACGCAUCCAGCACUUUAUGUUCCACCAGGUGUUCGAGGUGGGCAACGAUGACUACAAGGCGGACAGCCUCAUGAGUGGGCCUGGGUUUGUCGAUUUCCCCGACCGAACCGAGUGUCUGGACCUGUUCAUCAAGGGCAAGUCUGGCCUGUUUUUCAUCAUGGAUCGCCAGGCCAACGAGAUUCUCGGCAAGGGCCCUGCCGCCGCUGCCGCUGCCGGGAAGAGGGCAGGAAGAAGGGCCGCAAGGAUUCGCGAUAAGAACGACUUUUACCAGUCGGUCGACAGCAAAAACGAGAUGAACAGUUUCAUGGUGUCGCACUUCUGGAACCAAGUCACUUACGAUAUCGAGGGCUUUGUUGACAAAAAUCUCGAUCAGCUCAGCUCCGACUUUGUGGCGCUGUUUCGCGGCGACGGCUCUGCCGAAAGCCAAGGGUCGCGUAGCGAGUUUAUCUCGGGUCUGUUUACCGACAAGUCAGUUGCCACCGAGGUUCAUCCGCGCAACGAAAAGACCAUCCUGCAGGCACAGGCCCUUGCCGGCAAGCUCCCAGCCUCACGCAUAAAAAAGGUCGGUUGCUUGGCCACGCAAUUCAACCGUGCCAUCUCCGAGCUGAUUGUCACGCUUGAAGAGACACUGCCCUGGUUUGUGGUUUGCGUAAAGUCCAACGACCAGGCCAAGCCUGGCUGGGCCGAUGCGCGCAAGGUGCUCAACGUGGUCAAAGGAUUCGCCCUCAACGAUAUCGCUAAGCGCAAGCGCAUUGAGUACGCCGCGACCAUGCUGCAGUCGGACUUUUGCGAACGCUACGGCAUGGUUAUUGCCGAGUAUGCGCCUGAGUAUGGCCGGAAUGGCGACCCACAGUCCAAGUGCCGGGCGCUCAAGCAGGCGAUGGGCUUGGAUGACAGCGCUAUGAACAUGGGCUCGUCCAAGGUCUUCAUGGACUACGAGACGUGGCGUCGCAUCGACGACCCGAUCAGGGCCCGCGAGCGCAGUGCGCAAAACCUCGAUGACGACCAUUUGACGCAGACCGGCGACGAAAGAUGGGCAUUGACGGGGCGAGCAGUACACGCGCGCGCUGAAGCAGCGCUUGGCGAUAACGACACGCGCUCGUUUUACUCUGACGAUGAGGCCUACCAGGACAUGCUCAACAAGGACGGGUUCUCCGAUAUGAUAAGCGAGGUCGGCGGCUACAACUCGGGCUUUUCCGAUGUGCUGAGCAAUGCCGGCGGCGACUACAAGGACAGUCUCGAUGAGGAGGACGAGGGCACCGCAAAGACCAUUACGACCGUGCGCCGCAUAUGGCUGUUUGUCGUCAAGGUGAGCACCUGGAUGAUUCCUAACAAAGCCAUCUCCUGCUGUGCCAAGCGCCGGCGCAAGGACGAGCAGAUCGCUUGGCGCGAGAAGCUGACGCUUUGCAUGCUUAUUACCUGGUCCUGCGGUGUAGUUAUCUUUUGGAUCUGCGGCCUUGGAGUGCUUCUUUGCCCGCGCCAGAACGUGUAUUCGAUCCAAGAGCUUGGCGGCCACAGCAGCGACACGGACGCGCUCAUCGCCAUCCGCGGCGAGGUGUUUGACCAACAUGGACCCGCGCCUGUCCAUGCAGGACAAGCCGUGCUGUACUCUGAGGCCUACUACCACGACAACCGCUGGUGGCGCCACCCAACCGACAAGGGAUACAAUUACUACCAGUACCGCCUGAUGCGCAUCAUGCGCCAGAACUACGCCAAGGGCCACAUCGCCGUCGACCCUGCUCUUCUUCGCCAGCAGGCGGCCGGCACGGCCAAGGGAUCCAUUGGUAAGAACUUCGCACGUUGCAUCAUCAAUGGCGAAGUAUUCGAUCUGACCGACUACAUCGCGUCCAACGGCGCACCGUACGUCGUUGUGCCUGACGGCCAGAGCAACUCGACAAGCUUCAACCGCCAGUUCUUGGAUUCAAAUGUCGUGACCAUGUUUGACGAGAAAAAGGGCCAAGAUAUCACGAGAUGUGGAACGCGCGCAUUCUACGUGGGCAAGGUUGACGGGCGCAAGUCGGCCAGAUGUUAUGCAGCCAACUACAUGCUGCUGGCCGCGUCUAUCGCCCUGGUAUCUGUCAUCUUCUUCAAGUUUGUUGCCGCGCUGCAGCUGAGCAGCCGCCGCGAGCCUGAGCCUGGAGACCGGUUUGUGCUGAUGAACGUGCCCUGCUACACUGAGGACGAGGAGUCUCUGAAGAACACAAUUGACUCGAUGGUCAAGACCAAGUACGACGACAAGCGCAAGCUGCUGUUUAUUGUGUGCGACGGUAUGAUCAUGGGCUCCGGCAAUGACCGUCCGACGCCGCGCAUUGUGCUCGACAUCCUUGGGGUCGACCGCGACCAGGACACUGAGGCACUGAGCUACAUUGCGCUUGGCGAGGGAUCCAAAGAGCACAACAUGGCCAAGGUGUACUCUGGUCUUUAUGAGUUCAAGGGCCACGUUGUUCCGUACCUGGUGAUAGUCAAGGUCGGCACGCCCCAGGAGCGCACUCGGCCAGGCAAUCGUGGUAAGCGCGAUUCGCAGAUCAUGUUGAUGAGCUUCUUCAACAAGGUGCACUUUGACCUGCCGAUGACGCCGCUCGAGCUCGAAAUUUACCACCAGAUUAAGAACGUCAUUGGAGUCAACCCUGCGUUUUACGAGUCGAUGCUGCACGACGUAAAGAUCAUGGGGCUGUGUGGUGAGACACAACUGGCCAACGCCAAGAGCUCGUGGAUCACGAUGAUGCAGGUGUACGAGUACUUCAUCUCGCACCACUUGACCAAGGCCUUCGAGUCGCUGUUUGGAUCCGUCACUUGCCUUCCGGGUGCUUCUGCAUGUAUCGCAUCCGCUCCGCCGCUGCUUGUGUCCAAGGAGAUUAUCAAGGAGUACUCAGAGAACACUGUCGAGACGCUGCACAUGAAGAAUCUGCUGCACCUGGGCGAGGACCGGUAUUUGACCACGCUGAUGCUCAAGCACUUCCCGUACUUCAAGAACAAGUUCAACUCGGAGGCCAUGUGCAUGACCAACGCGCCGGACUCGUGGAAGGUGCUCAUGUCGCAGCGCCGCCGCUGGAUUAACUCGACCGUGCACAAUCUGUUCGAGCUAGUAUUCCUGCCGCAGAUGUGCGGGUUCUGUUGCUUCUCGAUGCGUUUUGUCGUGUUUAUCGAUCUUAUUUCGACAAUAAUCAUGCCGGCGACCAUGGUGUACCUGGUGUACCUGGUCUACCAGCUGACCAACCCGGACUCAACCACGUCGUACAUCUCGCUGUACCUGCUGGCAGGAAUUUACGGCAUGCAGGCGAUGAUUUUUAUUCUCAAGCGCCAGUGGCAGCACAUCGGCUGGAUGAUUGUGUACUUGCUGGCCAUCCCAUUCUUCACGUUCAUGCUGCCUGUGUACUCAUUCUGGCACUUUGAUGACUUCUCAUGGGGCAACACGCGCAUGGUCGUUGGCGAGUCCGGCCGCAAGCACAUGUAUGUUGUCGACAACGAAAAGUUUGACACAUCGACGAUCCCCAUGCGCAAGUGGUCCGACUACGAGCAAGAACUUGUUGGCGACACUUACGAUGUCAUGAGCUACGCUGCCGGGCCUUCACCGCCGAUUCCGCAGGCCGACUAUUCGGCUGCAUUUGGCAUGCCCGGCACAAUGCCGCCCGCGUAUGAUCCUCGGACCAGCCAGAUGAUGGUCUCGCACAGCAGCCCGAUGACGCCGAUGAUGAUGCCCAGCUACACCGGCCAGCAGAUGAUGAUGCCGCAGCGCGCGGCAUCGCCAGCCACAACGGGAGGGAUGCCUGAUUACUUUGUUCAGGGAAAUGGCGCCAUGAUGUAUGGCGGCCAGCUACAGCAGCAGCAGCAACAGAUGAUGAUGAUGGGUGGAGGCGUGUCCGACGAGGCAAUUGCCAACCAAGUGUCCAACAUCAUUGCCACCGCCGAUUUGAUGACCACUUCCAAGAAGCUGGUGCGCGAGCAGCUGGCACGCGACAUAGGUCUAUCGCCAGAGGAGACCAAGGCGCGCCAGGCGUUUAUCAAUGCGUGCAUAAACUCUGAGCUUUCCAAGCGCACGGAUCUUGAUUUCAAAUUCUCAUUUUUUCAUUACAUUUCAUGCUUAUCUUUUUUAUUAAAAAACAUUUUUAACAUUAUCGCGAUAUUUGCCAGCGAUAUAUUUGUAGGAUGUAUACGAACUGUUUUUUAA